AUGCAAGAGGAGAACAGCGUGCCAGCGGCGUUGGCUCCCAGGGACACGGACCGCCUCGACCCUCUUCAGCUGCUCUCCUCCUCUCAGAGGCACUUCGGGCUGAGCAGCGCUGCGGAGAGCGGACAAGGGUGUCACUCGCGCUCACGCGGCAAGCUGGAGGUGGAUUCGACUCGAGCAUCGAGCGGUGAUGAGAGGAGCACUGGAUCAUUGUCGAAAAGGGAUGACUUGUCGAAUGGGGCCGCAAAGAACCCCCCGCUCAGGUUUAGCGGGCAUCCUCGCCAAUUAACUGCACAAGGUCUUCAUUCACACACUCAACACCGUCGUUUGGUGGCACUAGCCGUCUCACUUGUCUUCAUAGUCAUGGUUCACUGGUCCAUCAGCGAAUUCACGACCAAUGUCGGCUCACAACAGGAAGCGUCGAUGCGGUUGUCGAAGGAGGAGGCCCGUCUAUCUCAGUUUCCGUCGCCGUUUUCGGUCGUGGUGCAGCACGAGAGUGCGAUGAUGCGGUUGACGACCAAACAGCGUGGUCUCGCUGCCGCUAGCGCUGACUCUCUGGUGCGGCUGGACCGUGAUCAGCUGCCGUCGUGGACGCUGCGCGUGAUCGACGAGAACUGCACAAUGUGCUUCGACAGUGUCACGUACGCUUCCGCGGCCGCUGCGGAUCCGGAGACAUCGACUGACGAGACGGGAAAUCAGAGGCGGGAAAGGCUUUCCGUGUUCGCGACUGCAUCUGCACCGCUGGGCCUCAUGGGGCCGAUGCUGUUUGCGAUGGCGAGCGUGACGGACGACGUGGAUGUUGCAGCGGAACUGCCGCUGUGGCAAUGGGUGACCCGGUCGUACGCACAGCAGCGCCGCUUCGUCCACGCGUCGCAGUGGAAGAGCACAGGUGAGCGACCGCGACACUUGAUCGUGAUGGGCAUACCUUCAACGGACCAGCCGAUGCGCUACCCGCUUCGGGACGCGCAGCGUGCAACGUGGUUGACGUACCGAGAGGUUGCGCGCACCGAGAACAACUUUACGGGCGCACUGCUGCAGCUCUACGUGUUUGCUGCUGCGGAGCGUCCUUCUGAGGACGCAACGCAUUCGACCGUGGACAUGGCGCAGCUGGCCCCAACAGUGAGCGAGUACGCUGCUGUGACUGCACAGCGCCUGGGUGUGGAGAGUGGGGACGUCAACAAUACCCCCACGUACGUGCAGCGUCGCGUGGUGCUGCGUGAUGGGUGGCGCGGCAUCCCAAGAAGCGAUGACGCGGCGUGGAAGUCACCCUGCGCUGGUGUACGGUCCUCCGUGGUGACUACAUCACGUCGUGUGGACGGGACUUCGUCACUCGCGACUCUUUCAGCCCAGUUGUCGCUGCCCGUGACACCUGCCUUCACAGCAGCGGCGCAGUAUGUGUGCCACGUGUCUGCUGCACUGUGGCAGGAGGCGCUGCACCAUCGCAACUCGCUAUGGCUGGACUUUUUGACGGACCGCAAGCCGACCACGAAAAAGAAAAUGGGCGAUGCGAUCUCUUGGGGUGUCCCAACAGAGGUAGGCAUGUCUCAAAAGGUCGUCAUAUGGCUGAACUACGCGUACACUGCGUUCCCAGACGUGCCGUACAUCAUGAAGGGCGAUGACGACAUGUACCUGAAGGUGCCACAGUACUUGAGCGACCUGCGGCAUGUGCGCGGUGGGUGGCGGAAACCACGCAACUUGACGGCGACCAUUCCAUACAAUGGGGUUAUCCCACCGACGCUGGGCAUCGACGACACGGAGGAAUGCCUGUAUCGGGUGUGGUGGCUGUAUAGCAGUCGAGUCAUCUUUGGCAACGGGGUGGGCUACACUCUGGACCGUCGCCUCAUCCAGGCUGUACUAAACCCGUUUGAUGACUUCAAUGCUCAUCUGAUGAAGUUAGUGACAAACCCCUACAAAUCCAGCCUGAAUAAGGAAUAUCUCAGCUUGAUCAUGGAACAUGAGGAUAAGCUUGUCGGGAACCAGAUAAAAAAUCACCUCGAGGCCGUGAAGAAGUUCUGCCCAAAGAAGCGCGUGUGCUACAUGGCUGACAAGCGGUUCCGGGCGCACCAGAUUCUGCGACCAACGCCUACCAAGCUGACGUGGAUCUCGGUGAUGGCGCACUUUGGCAUGCCAGCGAUUCCCUACUAUGUCCACUACUUCCACAAAAAUGAGUUCAAGGUGGCAGAGGAGGCGAAGCGGUUGAUUGCGCAGGGUAUCAGCGUCAACGUGAUUGAGGCGAAUGCCACGCAGCGCAUGCAUGAGUGGGUGGCGUCUCACGUGCCGAGCACACUGGUUGGGCUGGGAGCGUCACUCGAUCUCAACUGGGUACGCGGCGACCCCCGCACCGCGUACACUGUAGCCGAGGAGGACGAAGUCGCGGUGUACGAUGUUGGGUACAAGCAGGGAAAGGCUCGCAUCGCCGAGUGUAUCGUGGAGUCUGGUAAGGGGUAG